GGGGGGGGGAGGUCACGAGGGGCGGAGAGACUCGGCGCGGCUCGGGUCUGUCUGCGCAGUCCGUGUCUGGAGGAGCUCGUGUGGCCCCGGAGAGUCCUGCCCUGCCCCGGAGGAGUCCACUUGCAAGAAGGGAUGCUGAACCGGCCGCAGUCCGCCAACUCCCGGCAGGAGAGCGACCUAAUCAGCAAGGCGAAGAAGCAGCUGUCGACCGCCAAGGAUCCGCUAGAGAAGCUGCGGCUGCUGUGCCUGUGCAGGGGUACCACCGGCAUAUUGGGCAUCGGCAGGAUAUUCAGGAGAAUGGACGACGACGGCAACAGGUCGCUGAACCUGGAGGAGUUCACCGAGGGCAUGAACGACACGGGCAUGAGCAUGAACGCGGAGGAGACCAAGCAGCUGUUCAACAUCUUCGACAAGGACGGCAACGGCUCCAUCAGCAUGGACGAGUUCCUCGAGGCCCUGAGGCCGCCCAUGUCGGAGUCGAGGCGGAGGGCCAUCGAGACCGCCUUCCAGAAGCUGGACAAGACGGCGGACGGCGUCAUCACCAUCGACGACCUGCGCAACGUGUACUCCGUCAAGGGCAACCCGCGCUACCUCAGCGGCGAGGAGUCGGAGGAGCAGAUCCUCAUCAAGUUCCUCAACAACUUCGAGAAGGACGAGAAGACCCGCGACGGCAAGGUUACUAAAGAAGAGUUUCUCAACUACUACGCAGGCAUCAGUGCGUCUAUAGACCAAGAUGUCUACUUCGAUCUAAUGAUGCGGCAGUCGUACAAGUUAUAGUGACAAAAAAAAUACGAACCGUCUCGAAUGAACUGAUUUCACUCGCCAUACUUAUACUAAAAAUUUUGAGAUAUAUAUUUUUUUAAAUUUACUUAAGCACUUUUACUUUUAAUUAUUUAUAAGUGUUUGUGUAUUAACUGAGCACCGUCUGUUUUACUGUAGCCGCACACCAACGCUUUCAUUUAAUAUUGUUCAAGACAAGAAUGCCUACGUUAGGAGGAGCGCGGUAACCUUUUCACCGUCCUUUAUUGAUUUAUCUGAACUGUUUCGUGUAAAGGAAACUAAAAAAUCAUUUUCAUCUCUAACGCUUUUUUAAGUGCGAAUAGUGCUCUUCAUGAGCUCAUAAAGUAUGUUUACAAAGAAUUUAAAUUUUAUAAUAUUUUUAUUUAGGGUUCUUCGUAGAAUAUAUAACAUUUAAUAACUAACAAAAUAGUACAUUUUUAGGAAAACGCUUAGGUUUAAAUGUUUCUAUAAAAAAAUUAUGUGUACUAUAAGUAAAUACUCUAAAACGUUUUAUAAAAUAAUUAUUACUUAGGUAUGUUAUAAGUGAGGUUUAAAAUGAUAUAAUUUCGCAGUCUCUUUAACAUAAUAUAUUGUUCCUAUUUGUUUAUGAUGAAUUGUUUAAACUCUUUCUGUCACGAUCUUGUGUAUUUUAAUAAAUACUAUAUGACAAAUAA